CCAGCCUCAUUCUACCUCAUAAUUUCAAGCACUUCUACUACAUCAAUAGCCUACACUAGUACAGAUAAGUCUCAUGACUUUUAUCCAGGCCACUAUAGAAGUUGCACGUAUCAGAGCUGACAUCAGCACUAUGGACCUCGACCUCUACCAGCCGUCUUACUAACUCCAUCUUCGGCUUUCUAUACGACGGCGGGCGAAUUAGUGGGUGCAGACCACAUCUCCGAUCUCAUGAUACCCGGAAUAGACACGGAAUUCAUGCCCGCGUGAAUAAGCCAGUCCUCGCACCCCUCCCCACACCCUUUCGGGUCUCAGCCACAUGGGCAUCACCAUCGAAUCGGCUUUCAAGCCUCUCGCUACGUUGAACGCAAGCGCAUCAACGGGGUUUUACUAAAGUGAGCACAAAGGCGUUGAAGGAUCGACGGCGAGCGAGCUAGCGAUGGAAUACGAAGAGCUAGGUCGAAGCACAGUCUGAAUCCCACCUCACCGCGUUCUCAGCCCUACAGCCUCAUGCAACGUAUCAGCCCGGCUCAGCUCAGCUGAGCUGAGAGUAGCUUAGUUCGGGUUAGCCCCAAGACUUAUUUCCUUCGGGACUUUCGGUUUGGGGAUCUGGGGUAGGUCUUACGCUAUGCCACCCAACACGACGGGACGAUGGGCGAAUGAUGCAUACCAGCUGCGCUCGUGUAGCUAUAUCCGGUUUGUCGACGAACGAGAGGCGAGCUUUACUAAUGGAUGCGGACUCGUGUUGGAGGUCUCAUGGGGUGACAUGGGGUGAGGCUGUUUUGAUAUAUAAAGAGAGCGAUGCUCCGACAUAUAUCCAACAUUCAUCUUGGUCACUACCAUCACACACCAGCAACUCUCAUAUAAACAUCCAGCUCAUCGCAUCUACUUCUGUCUUCCAACGUACACAAAUACAAAACACACCACUCAACCAAAACCCUCCAACCCCAUUCAAAAUGCGUUUCUCAACCAUCGCCACAACCCUCACCACCGCCUUCGCAGGCACCGUCUCAAGCACCUGCCUCACCCAAGCCCCGGCAGCCAUCGGCUUCCCCAUCAACUACGACAUCACGCCCUCGCGGAGCGACUUCGUCACCUUCCAAAUCCCGCCCAACAGCGUCGGUCCCUGCUCCCUCAUCGCCACCUUCCCCGCCGACUACCCCAUCACAUCCACGGGCUCCGACCUCGUGAACGUAACCGCCAUAGACGGCCCCGCAGCCGGUUCGUUAGUCGGAACCCUGCGUUUCCGUCCCGGGACCAAGACGUUCAUUAAUAGCUUCGCGUGCCGCGAUGUCAUGACGUACGAGCUGGCGAUUGCGCUGGGAGAGGGCGAGGUUAAGUUUAGUGAGAUCCAGGGCGCGGGGCUGUUUAUGGAUGUUGGGGACUGUUAUUAGAGAGGGGACUACUCGACGGUCCCUAUCCGUAGGGGAUUAGGGGGUAGGAAGGAAGUCACCUUGGACAUAAACACUCUCCCCACCUUCAUAUACAUACACCGCAUACUUAAAGAUAAUCGGAAAACGGGUUCAGGCGCGCGACUGGGGUUAUCAGACGGCCUUUCAGCAUUUGCAUUUGGUACGGGGCGAUUUGGUUAGGGUAUAGCAUUCUUGUCAUUCUCUUUUUUUAUUAUUGGCGAUUCGAUUUUGGGGUGGAAUUAUAGGACAUUCACAUCACAAUGGUUUAAAACCGAAUAUUGAAAUAUAAUGAUACCCCCCCAGCCUUGCAGUUCCGACUUGUGAGAGCCUAA